GAUUCAAUAUGAUGUGAAACAAGUGAUUGAUAUCGGAACUGGAACAGGUAUCUGGGCUAUGUGAGCGAACAUAGUAUGAUCAUUGUCGCUUUCUGACUUACAAUCUGAUUCUAGUGAUUUUGCCGAUCAGUAUCCAAACGCCGAAAUUAUUGGAACUGAUCUCUCUCCGAUCCAGCCUUCAUGGAUCCCGCCCAAUCUUCAAUUUAUAAUUGAGGACUGCACUCGCGAAUGGACGUUUAAGUCUACCUCUGCUGAUUACAUACAUGCUAGGUGGUUGAUGGGUAGUAUUGGGAACUGGGACUCCUUCUUUUCUGAGGCCUUUCGAGUAUGCAAACCUGGGGGGUGGGUUGAGAGUCACGAAGCUGCGUCCACUAUCAGCAGUGACGAUAAUACAGUCGACCCUAGUUCGGCUAUGGGACACUGGGGCAAGUUCUUCAUUGAAGGUUCCAAAAAGAUUGGAACAAGCUUCACGGUUGUUGAGGACGGCACUCAGAGGAAGGCCAUGGAAAAAGCAGGAUUCGUCAACAUCCAAGAAUUCGACUUCAGAAACCCAAUUGGUAGCUGGCCAGAUGAUCCCGUCGAAAAGCAGAUGGGUUCUUACACUAAGCAUGGUCUUGAUACUGACAGCGAGGGCUUCGUCCUGUUCAUGGCACAUACUCUCGGUUGGAGCAGGGAGGAUAUUCUUGCCUACGUUGCGCAGUUUAGACGCGAAAUAAGAUCGGGAAAACAUCAUGGAUAUUUUGCGCAAAAGGUUGUUUGGGGUCAGAAGCCCAACUGAUGGACAAGCAUAGUCCAAACUAGGGCAAACAAGACAUGGUGGCCAUCCAUGAUAUUCGUUUCUA